CUGAAAGAAUUAUUCGAAAUUCAUUGGAAUCACUUGCAUUCCGUUUUUCUCAGGAAUAAAGAGGAUAGCGUCUCAAUAAGACACAGUUUCUCUUGCAGCCUAUCCUAUUUGAGAUGGUCGUUAUGUUUGAAUUUCAAAAUUCAUUCUCUAUUAAAUUUUUUUAUACUUAUUUUUUGGAAUAAUAAAAAAAAAUGGAGAACGACAAUAGAAAUGUAAAUUACGAAAGCUCUUUUUCGUUACAUUCUAAAAUAACAAAAAGGAGGAGAAGACUAUCUCGACUUUCCUUGAGAAAACACUUUCGCAAAUCAUUGAAGUAUGAUCGUGUUGAAUCGACUAUUCCAAACAAGUCCUUAUCUAUUAUAGAGAAAAGCUCUACUGAUUCUAUUGAAAUAAUAAGUAUAAACAGUUCAGGACAUUCAGAUUGCGAAGAUAUAAUAACUCCAUCUCCAAACAAAAACAAUAGUAAAAUAAAAUGCCUUUCAAAUAAAAAGAUAAAAUAUGAUAUAAUAAAACAGAACAAUAAUAAGAUUCCUUUACAAAAUGUAAAGUCAAUCGAGGAAAAGGGAGAAGCUUCUGACUAUAAGGUGGAGUAUGUUAUGGAUACUAAAGCAUUUCUAGAAUUUUCCCUAUUAGACUAUGAAAAUUUUCAAAAACCUAGAAUUAUUUCCAACGAUGUCAUGAAUUCCACCAUGGUUAUGCCAAGGGUUAAACCAAAAAAUAAUAUUCCUGGCUGUAAAGAAUCUGAAACAGUAGAUAAUUCAGAUGUUGAUUUAGAAUCAGCUGAAUAUUGUGAAAAUGUGUUAGAUGAUAUUUAUGGUGAUAGUUGGAGACCUUUUAGGGAAAAAGUUCUUCCUAAAUCUGAAAGGAAGCCAUGUAAUAAACAAAUAAACAAUGAAAAAAAAUGUCCAGCUUCUGAGAGGAUAGCAAAAAAAUCUGAGGUAAAAAAAAAUGAACAUGUGAUGAAUGGAAACUAUAAGCCUAAUAAUUUAUUGAAAAUGCUUCAUUUAAAAAAGACUGAAGAAGCUAUGCAAUCACCAUUCAUGAGGGAUUUGAAACUAUUGUGUGAUGAAGAAAAUUCAAAGAUCAACAAUGUACCUAUAACAAUCAGAACAAAAUUGAAUUUUGAUGAUAAUGACAAGUUAAAACCAGGAGACGAAGAAAAGCUUGAAAGAAAAGAUAUCUCAAUAUUUGAUGAUUUCUCUGCUUUAGCUGAUGAAAAGCUUUCUUUGAAAGAACGCUUAGAAAAAAAAAUGUUGAAAGAGAAAAACAUCAUUGAAUGUAAAGAGCCACCAAAAAAAGAAAACCCUAAAUUUAUAGGUCUCACGUCUGAAGAAAAUGAUUUUAAUAUAAAUACAAAUGAAAAAGUUGAUAGACCCAAAAAAGUUUCAAAUAGAACAAUUUUAAAUCAGAAUCAUCAAGAUACUCCAUCUAGUUCUGAUGAUAGCUUUAAAAAUGUUAUAGGGAUUAAUAAGGGGAAGAAGAAAGUACCAAAAACAUAUUUGAAGAAGUACUUAGACGAUUCAAGCUCAGGAGGUAGUUCUGAUGAAGUUGAAGAAUUUGAUAAGAUAGUUCCAAAAACUUUAAAUAAAAAAUCGAAAAUUGGAGAUAAUCCCAAAUCCGAUCAAAAUAUUAAGAAGAAACAGGGAACAGAAUGCGACUCUCUUUCAAGUGAAGACUCUAAUAGAGCUGAUGAUUACGUGAAGAGUACUGUAAAUAAAAAAGGUCUCAAAACUAGAACUAAUCAGAAGAAUUCAUCAGAAGAUUCUAAAAAAUCAAAUAUUGGAGGGAUCCCCAACUCUGAUCGAAAUGUUGGAAAAAAAUUUGCUAAGGAAACAAAAUACUCCUCACUUUCAAAUGAAGACUCUGAUAGCGCUGAUGAUUAUGUGAAGAAUAUUGUUAAUAAAAAAGGUCCAAAGAUUAAAACUAAUCAUAAGUAUUUGUCAGAUGAUUCUGAAGUUAGUCCUGUCGAAGUAAAAAAUAAAAAUAGCACAAAAAAAGUGAAUUCAACAAACACCUAUUCAUUUUUGGCAUCAUUGUCAAGGAAUGUCCCAGAUCAUAAAUGUGAUCCCACAGCAAAAGUUUUCAAAGCCAAUUUCAAAAAUAACAAAGAAGAAUUAACCAGCAAACUUUUUGCUCUUUUCAACAAGAAUAUUUUUAAUGAUCUCCUUCCCAAAGAUACUGCAUUAGAAUGGAAUGCAAGAAUGCUGUCCACUGCUGGGUAUUGUUAUUCAAAAAGAAUUACCCACUCAGACGGAAAAAUUGACUUGAUGGCACGAAUCGUGCUGUCUUCAAAAGUACUGACAACUCCUGACCGGUUGAGAGACACCCUUAUUCACGAAAUGUGCCACGCGGCUACUUGGAUAAUAGAUAAUAUGAGAGAUGGACACGGCCGUUAUUGGAAAGCUUGGGCUACAAAAGCAAAAGAAGUAUAUCCAGAACUACCGCCCAUCAAAACAUGUCACAACUAUGAAAUACAGAGUAAAUAUAUUUAUAGAUGUACUGGAUGUGGAUAUAGCAUAAAACGACAUAGAAAGUCUCUAGAUAUAGAAAGGAAAAGAUGUGGAUACUGUAUGGGAAAGUUUGAAAUAUUCAUCAAUAAAGUGAAUAAAAAAGGAGAAAAUGAACUGAAGCCUAUAGAUACGCCAAAGAAGCAGCCCAAAGGAUUUGCAUUAUUCGUUAAAGAAAAUUACUAUAAGUAUAAAAAUACAAAUUCUGCAGAAGUAAUGAAACUGCUAAGUAAAGAAUUCAAUAAGAUGAAAGUUCAAUAAUUAUUUAAAUCCAAUUAACUUUAUGAGUGAAACUAUCUGUUGAUAGUUUUUUGUAUAUAGAAUCUCUAGAAUGUUUGUAUUUUUUUUGUAUUUUUAUUUACUUGUGUUGCAAGUUUAUUCAGUAACAUUAUUCAU